AUGGAGGGCCUCGCGCUGCCCAUCGCCCAGUACCGGCGCGUGCUGGUGCAGGCCGUGAGGGAGCGGYCCUUCCUCAUCGUCACCGGCGAGACGGGCAGCGGCAAAAGCACGCAGCUCCCCAAGUACCUCUACGAGGCAGGCCUUGCCAAGCACGGGGCCAUCGGCGUGACGCAGCCGCGGCGCGUGGCCACCCUCUCGGUGGCGCGGCGGGUGGCCGAGGAGAUGGGCUGUGCGCUGGGGAGCGUUGUGGGCUACCAGGUCCGCUUCGACGACUGCAGCUCCGAGGAAACUGCAAUCAAGUACAUGACUGAUGGCUGCUUGUUGAGACAAAUAUUGGCAGAUCCUCUUCUCAACAAGUACAGCAUCAUCAUUUUGGAUGAAGCCCAUGAGCGGAGCCUCAGCACAGAUAUUUUAUUUGGUUUGUUGAAGAAAUUAUUCAUAGAGAAGAAACCACAGGGCAGGAAGGAAGCCAUGAAACUGGUGGUGAUGUCAGCUACCCUGGAGGUAGACAAGCUCUCCGAGUUCUUUGGACACUGUUCAGUCCUGCAUAUUCCAGGAAGAAAUUAUCCGGUCAAGGAGAUAUUUUGCGAUCUGAUUGGCCCCAGAAAUACAGGAAGCUCUGCAUAUGUUACUGAGGCUAUAAAAGUGACAUUGGAUAUACACUUAAAUGAACCAAAAGGGGACAUCUUGGUUUUUCUGACAGGUCAAAUUGAGAUAGAGAAAGCUUGUGACAUACUUUUCCAGAAAGCAGAAAAUAUAGAUUACCGGUAUGAAGUACAAGAUUCUUCUGUUGAAGGCCUGCUUAUCUUGCCACUGUAUGGGUCUAUGUCAACAGAUCAACAGAAAAGAAUAUUUCUGCCAGCUCCUACAGGCAUUAGAAAGUGUGUGGUAUCGACAAACAUUGCUGCAACAUCUCUGACAAUUGAAGGAGUCAGAUACGUGGUAGAUAGUGGAUUUGUGAAGCAGCUGAAUCAUAACCCCCGAGUCGGCUUAGACAUAUUGGAAGUGGUUCCCAUUUCAAAGAGCGAAGCAACGCAGCGAGCUGGCAGAGCUGGCAGGACAUCAUCUGGAAAAAGCUAUCGGCUCUACAGCAGGGAGUUCUGGGAGCAGUGUAUGCCUGACCACACAGUGCCCGAGAUCAAGAGAACCAGCCUGACAGCUGUGAUCCUGACCUUGAAGUGCCUGUCUGUGCACGAUGUCAUCAGAUUUCCCUAUUUGGACUGCCCUGAAGAGCGACUUAUUUUAGAAGCUCUCAAGCAACUUUACCAGUGUGAUGCUAUUGACAGGAGAGGCCACGUGACAAGACUGGGUGAAUUCCUCGUGCAAUUUCCUCUCCCUCCCAACCUGACCUGUGCCGUCAUAAAAGCAGCUUCUUUAGACUGUGAAGAUCUGCUGCUUCCCAUAGCAGCCAUGCUUUCUGUGGAAAAUGUCUUCAUUCGUCCAGGUGAGCCUAAGAGGCAGAAGGAGGCAGAACUCCGACACCAGGAACUUUCCUCACAAGUGGGAGGUUGCAAUGACUUUGCAACCCUCUUAAAUAUCUUUGAACAGUGCAAAUCAAGCAAGUCUCCUUCAGCUUGGUGCCAGAAACACUGGAUCCAUUGGAGAGCUUUAAAGACUGCUUUUAGUGUGGAAACACAACUUCGGGAAAUAAUCAGCAAACUGAAACAGCUUCCAGACUUCCCUAAAGAAAAAUUUGAAGGCUCCAGAACUGAAAUACUAAGAAGAUGUCUGUGUGCAGGGUACUUUAUCAAUGUAGCUAGGAGGUCUGUAGGCAGGACUUUCUGCACAAUGGAUGGACAUGGCAGCAUGGUCUAUAUCCAUCCUUCAUCUACAUUAUACAACCAGGAAACUCAGCUCGAGUGGAUCAUCUUCCAUGAUGUCACAGUGACAUCCAAAAUCUAUGUCCGGACAGUGUGUCCAAUUCGCUACGAAUGGGUCAAAGACUUGUUGCCCAAACUGCAUAAGAUCGAUGCAUAUGAACUGAGCAGCGUGGCACGGGAGGAAGUAACGGAAGAGGAAAUAAGCAAGUGGCAAUUCAGAGAGGACCUUAAAAGACAAUAUGAAAGAGCCACAGAGGACUCGGCAAAGAAGAUGGAGAGAAGGAAUGAUGAAAAAUCAAUCCUGGACGCCCGAGCUCGCUACCUUGAGAGAAAGCAGCAAAGAACACAGGGUUUAAGUGGCUCACUGAAAGAAAUGGGUUAAUACUGAGGGCUGCUCUCCUCCCAGUAUGAGGAAAGACCAUUUAUUGCUGCUUUUCUGGAUCUAUUUGCAUAAUGCAAAAUGAUGUACAGGAGCAAAGGAAAACCUCUGGUUGGUGGUAAGUUUGACUGCCUGGGCACACAAACACGAUCCCUGCUGUAUUCAGCAAGGAGAAGUUACCCAGUCGAGUUUUGUUGCCAUGUGUCAUGGGCAACAACUUACUGACCUCAGACGUAGGUGAAGACGCGGCGCUUGCGGUGGAGUCAAUUUGGUGGCACUUAAUUGGCUUAGAAAGGCCUCAGUGGUUCUGGGUGCCAUUAUCAAUAAAAUUUUCUUUUAAAAAGAAACAGCRAAACAAAAUUUUAAGGGAGUGGAACUGUAUUUUUUUAACCUGUUUGACUAUGUAUAGUUGUGAUUAUGCGGUCUUGGUGUGCUAACUCAGGAAAAUAGGUAGGAAAACCUCUUUUAAUGAUGGAACCAUCAAAACGUCAUUUGCUACAAGCAUUUUUGUUGGCAGACAGUAUUUGUCUUGCUGUGUAUUGUGCUGUACCAUGUACAGUGCUGGUUCUGGGUGAACUCUCUUUGUAUGCAAAGCAUUUUGUAGACAUAUCUUCACAUUCCU